AUGCCUGGCGGAGUCUGCGCUGUCCUCGACUAUGAUGUCGAGAUGAUGGCGGAGUAUGUUGCCUCGAUGGCCACCCGUUUGACGCUUGGUAAUGUGCCCGUCUCGCCGCCUUUCCAGAAGUUCGUCUCUCAGAUUCUUACAUCCACUCGGCUUCCGAGCACGACGAUUCUGCUGGGAAUGAACUACAUGGCGAAGCGGAUCAACAGCAUGGCCCAGCGACAGGGUGAACCACCUAAGUUCAACGACGGUCAGGUCUGGAGGAUGCUGACCACUGCUUUUCUUCUCGGGAGCAAGUUUCUUGACGACAACACCUUCCAGAACAAGUCGUGGUCCGAGGUCAGUGCCAUCCCGGUACAGGAACUCAACACGUUAGAGAUGGAGUGGCUUGCAGCUAUGGAUUGGCAGCUUUAUGUCAACUUGGACACAACUGCCGACUACACUGCUUGGUUGACCAGCUGGGCACAGUGGAAAGAAGACAAGGAGCGACAGAAGGCUGCUGAGAGAGCUGCUGCGCGCGAGCGCCACAUGCCUGUCGUCCCAAGAAUCGACACUGAUGUCUUCGCUUUCCACAACCCGGCCUGGCGCCAACAGCAAGUUGCUGAGUACGAACGUCUGCAGAGUCUCAAUCAGAAGCGGGCAGAGCUGUCGCCACCCAGCAGCGUGUCGGCCCACAACGCCUGGUAUUCCGAGCGACCUGUCACUUGGGGACAUCCAUUGACUCCUCCUGACUCUGGAUACGGUACUCCUGACUACACCAUCAACUCGGCCGCUAGCCACAGCGCUCAAUACAACGAGUGGUUUGCCCGAGGCAUCGCGUUCAACAAUUACGGGCCCUCUCGUCAAGGAGGGUAUCAGUACCCCAACUCCCACCGCAAUUCGUAUCAAAACGUUUGCCAGUCUGCCCGCCAGCCCGCGUCGGCACACCCUGGCUAUUACGGAUGCAACCACGGCUACCACAACAACAUCUGGGAUGCCAAUGGAAUGGAUUGCUCAUCCUGCACAACCUCCACUCAUCACAAGUCAAUGCUUCACUUUGGAAUGCCCCACGCUCAUGGCUUUGGUCAACCCGUGAUGGGAUAG